UCAUUUUGAAAUGUCAAAAACAUCUUGUCUUAAAUCAAAAAUGUUUAUUUAAGCAUUUUAUUUUAUUGUAACGUGCUAAAAACUAUUUUUACUUAUCGAUACCGUUAAAAUUUACACUAAAAUAAGCGAAAUGUCGCUAGUUAUACGGAAGUCGACUAUAGUCGAUAUACUUUGUGCGGCAAAAUGGAUCGCCAGAAGAGAUUGUCGAGUUUUAUCAUCAGUGCCAGAAAAGGCAGAAAUUGUUGAAGAAGUAAAAGAAAGAGUGCCAGGACGCAAGCUCCGUACUCAUAAUCCUCUACUUGAAUACAGACAUGUUUAUCCAGAAUUUCUUCCGGAUCCUAAUCCGAAAUGGAGAAACAGCCUUCGUGAAAAAAUGGAACGAGCAGAUAUGUUAAAGAGAAGAAGUCAGAUUGAUAUACCAGAAUUUUAUGUUGGUUCAAUAUUGGCUGUGACUAUAUCAGAUCCACAUGCUCAGGGUAAAACAAAUCGCUUUGUGGGCAUAUGCAUUGAUCGUAAAGGCAGUGGUCUCAGAGCUGAAUUUAUAUUGAGAAAUAUUAUUGAUCAUCAGGGGAUUGAGGUUAGAUAUGAGUUGUAUGAUCCAACUAUUCAAUCAAUACAAGUACUUAGAUUGGAGAAACGGCUUGAUGAUAAAUUGUAUUAUUUGAGAGAUGCUUUGCCCGAGUAUUGCACAUUUCCAUUAGAUAUGGACCCAGAGAUUCUUCCUGAAGGUACACCUGUGCCUCUUAACCCUGUCCAGGUAAAAUUAAAACCAAAACCUUGGCUUGAGCGUUGGGAAAGACAAGAAUUAAAAGGAGUCUCAAAUAUUGAAGAGCACUUGAAAGAAAAAGACAGAGUUCGAAGAGAACUGAGAAAGGAACCGUGGGAGAAAUAUGAUUUGAUGAAACAGUACAGGAAAACAAUUCCAGCAGAAGAUCAGUCUGAAAUUUGGAACGAAGUCUAUAACCAGUUGCAACAAAUGAAAGUCUCUCGUAAAAAGAUGUCAAGAAAACGUCCACUUGCCACGCCCAAAACUCAACUUGCAUAACUUACUUGAAAUAAAUUUAUUAAAUUAGUCUAUACAUAGUAAUACU